AUGAGUUUGCCUGACAAAGACAAUAAAACAUUGAAAUUUAAAAAUUUUAAAUAUAAAGAUCCUGUUCCAUUUGUUGUCUACGCCGACUUAGAAUGUACUCUUGAAUCUGAUAAUGGUACUGAAAAACACGUUCCUUAUAGUAUAGCUUAUUAUGUCUUGUGUAAUUAUGAUUCUUCGUUAUCAAAGUUUGAGCUCAAACGCUCUUCUGAUUGUAUUGAAUGGUUUAUUAAGGAGUUGGAAAUUUUGGGACGAAAAGUUGAUUUUAAACUCAAAAAUCUUAUACCUAUGAAACCACUCAAUACCGAUGAAAAAAGAUAUCAUAAUGAAACAAAAGAUUGUCAUAUUUGUGGGAAAAUAAUCGAUUCUAAUGCUAAUAAAUGUCGUGAUCAUUGUCAUUUCACCGGAAAAUAUCGCGGGCCUGCGCAUAAUUCAUGUAAUCUAAAUUACAAACAAUCUCACAAAAUACCUAUUAUCUUUCAUAACUUAACAGGUUACGAUUCACAUUUUAUUAUUAAAUCAUUAGUCACAGGUUUUGAAGGUUCAGUUACUGUUUUAGCCAUUAAUAAAGAACGUUAUAUAUCUUUUACAAAGUCUAUUAAAAAUACAUUAGUUGAAUUGCGUUUUAUUGACUCAUUUCGAUUCAUGGCAUCUGGUCUCGAGAAACUAGCAUCAUAUCUUACAGAUAAUGACAAACAAAUUACACGAAUGUAUUACUCUGAUCAUGAGCAGUUUAGUUUAGCCACUCGCAAAGGAGUAUUUCCGUAUGAGUACAUAGAUUCAAUAGUAAAGUUAAAUGAAGAUAAAUUGCCUCAAAAAUCAUUUUUUUAUUCCAAACUAAAUGAUAAUAAUAUAUCUGACGAAGAUUAUGAUCAUGCAAAAUUAGUUUGGAGUAAAUUUAACAUCAAAACACUUGGUGAAUAUUCUGAUUUGUAUUUAAAAACCGAUGUGUUAUUAUUAGCUGAUAUUUUUGAAAAUUUUCGACGUAGUUGUUACAAUACUUAUAAUUUAGAUCCCCUUCAUUAUUAUACAGCACCAGGAUUAGCCUUUGAUGCUAUGUUAAAGCUUACUGGUAUUCAAUUAGAACUGCUAGAUGAUGCUGAAAUGGUAUUAUUUAUAGAAAAAGGCAUAAGAAGUGGUGUAUCACAGUGUACGAAUCGUCAUGCUGUGGCUAAUAAUCGAUUUAUGGGUGAUGACUUUAAUCCGAAUGAACCUGAAUCUUAUUUAAUGUAUUUUGAUGUGAAUAAUUUAUAUGGAGCUGCAAUGAGUAUGCCCUUACUAUAUAAGUCAUUCAAAUGGGUGGACAAUAUAACUGUAGACAAUAUAGAUAGUAUUUUUAAUUCGAACGAAUCAAAAGGUUAUAUACUAGAGGUAGAUUUAGAAUAUCCGAUAGAGCUUCAUGGUCUGCAUAAAGAUCUACCAUUAUGUCCUGAACAUUUUGCACCACCAAACAGUAAGCAAUCUAAAUUAAUUACUACUUUAUAUUCAAAAGAAAGAUAUGUUAUUCAUUAUAAGAAUUUACAGCAGUGUAUUCAGUUAGGUAUGAAACUCGUAAGAGUUCAUCGUGUUCUAAGCUUCGAACAAUCAGCUUGGUUACAGCCAUACAUUGAUAAAAAUACCGAUUGUCGUAAAAAUGCUAAGAAUGAAUUUGAAAAAAACUUUUUCAAGCUUAUGAAUAAUGCUGUAUUUGGAAAAACAAUGGAAAAUGUUAGAAAACAUAAAGAAAUUAGAAUAGUAACAGAAUGGACAGGACGUUAUGGUGCAAAAUCUCUAAUUUCUAAACCUAACUUUCAUAGUUUAACUGUUUUUGGCGAAGACAUGGUAAUAAUUGAAUUAAAAAACGUUUAUGUACAUUUUACAAAGCCUAUCUAUAUUGGAUUCAGUAUACUUGACUUAGCUAAAACAUUCAUCUAUGAUUUCCAUUAUAAUUAUGUAAAGAAAAAUUUUCAUAAUGAGACCUCAAAAUUAAUGUAUACAGAUACUGAUAGUCUUAUUUAUCAUUUUACAGUACCUAAUAUCUACGAAAUUAUUAAACGCGAUAUUCAUAAAUUUGAUACAUCUGAUUAUUCUCCAAAUAAUGUAUAUAAUAUUCCAUUAAAAAAUAAAAAAGUAACAGGUCUUAUGAAAGAUGAAACUAAUGGUAAAAUUAUAGAGGAAUUUGUAGGUUUAAGAGCUAAGCUUUAUACAUAUAGAAAAUAUAAAGAUAAUAGAGUUGAAAAAAGAGCCAAAGGGGUUAAAAGUUCAACUUUAAGAAGGAUUGAGUUUGAUGAUUUUAAAAAAUGUCUUUUAGAACAUUGUAACGUUAUAGAAAAGGAAUGGCUAAUCAAAAGUGAUAAACAUAUUGUUAAGACGGUUUUACAACAAAAACUAGCAUUAAGUUGGAAUGAUGAUAAAAGACGUCUACUUGAGAAUUCGACAGAUACCUUACCAUGGGGGUAUAUGGAAGUAGAAAAAAAUAAUGUAUAA